UCAACCCUGAGUAGGAAAAGGACCAGAAAGGUGCCAGCAGCUGCAGCUUCCUCACGAACUCUGGGCCUGGCCAGCACAUCCACUGGGCUCAAAACACAGGUACCCCAGAAGCUGUUUGCCACCUGGGAGGUGGACUACUCCAGCCCCACCUGCGUGCCCAGAUGGUGCAGUCUCACUUUAAAGAAGCUAGUGAUCUUCAAGAAGCUGGCAAAGGACCUUAACUUUGUGGUGAUUUCCUUCAAGAUGCAGGACUGCAAGGGCAUCCUGAGGUCCCAAGAGAUUGUGCUGCCCUCCAGGGGACCAGUGGAGACCGACCUUGCUCUGACCUUCUCCCUGCAGUACUCCCACUUCCUCAAGGGAGAAGGCAACAAGCUACAGGUCAUGCUGGAGCAGAGGAAGCUCUUUAAGAACAGGACCGUCCUGGGCUACAAGACACUGGCCACGGGCGCCAUCCACAUGGCUGAGGUCAUGCAGCGAAACCAAAAGUGUGGCCAGAUGCUGAGCCUCUACAGCAGUGUCAAGGAGUCCUCCACCAAGGUGGCCGAAAUCUGGAUCUCCUCCCUGUGCAGUCAGCCCAUCGAACAUGAGGACAGUGCCAUGCAGGCCAGCCCGAAGGCCAAGUCUGCAGGUAACUACACCGAGGGGCAGGAUGAGAGCUCCUUUUCUGAGCGGGAGGCCAGUUGCAGUAGAAAGCACAGACAGGACCUGCCCAUCGACCACGAGGACAGCGCCAGGCAAGCCAGUCCCAAGGCUGAGUCCUCGGAUACCUACUAUGACUGCAAGUGUGAGGACUUCUUCUCACAGCUGGAGGCCAGCUCCAAUGACACCCACAGGCAGGACCAGGAGGAGGAUGACUACAAUGAGGGGAAUCCGGAAGUCAGAAGAAGGACCAUGACCGGGCAACAGACCUACCAUGAGAAAGUCCUGUUAUGGCUACAAACAGUCCAAGUGUCGGAGGAGGUCCUGGACCCUGAGCAGGACCAUGGGGAGCAUGUCUCAGAGGUGGAAGAGGACCUGGACCUCCUGUAUGACAUGCUGGAGAACCCCAGUGACAGUGGCCCCGACACUGAGGACUAUGACAGCGUCCUCAGCACCCCCACACCUAAGCUCAGGCCAUACUUCGAAAGCCUAUCUAGCGGCCCAGACGUGAAGGACAAUCACAGUGUCCUCAGCAGCCCCAAUCCCAAGCUCAGGCCAUGCAUCGAGGGCCUGUCAGACUCCAGCUUGCAGAUGGAGAUGUGGGGCCUCCACAGCGCCAGGAUCCAAAAGGAGCCUCUGAGUCUGGCCCACCUGCCUGGGAACACGUGUGCCCCGGGAGGCAAGCAGCAAAGCCACAGUGACUCCAAAUUUGUAGGCCCUGACUCAAUGGCUCACAGAGUUCGCUCUCCUAGGCAGCAGCUGGCACAGCUGGAGGACAGUCGGGAGGCAGAGUCCUCUGCCCCGCGUUGGUUCACCAGGAAGCUGCCAUCCAUAGUGCGCUUCACCAAGUCUCUAGUCAUCCCCUCCAGCAGGUCCAAGAGGAAGCAGGCUGGCCACCGAGGCUGUAACACAUCCCUCAGUGAGUGGUUCAACAGACCGGACAACGAGGACCCAGAACCACAGAGCCAGCGGCAGAUCCCCAGGAAGCCCGUGUGUGACCAGCUAAACAACAUCCUCAUUUCCCACGACAGGCUGCCUGAGAACAUCAUCCUGGUCAACACCUCAGACUGGCAGGGCCAGUUACUUUCGGACAUCCUGCAGGGGCACACGCUGCCCAUGGUGUGCACUUGCUCCACAGAUGACGUCCAGGAGGCCUUCAGCAUCAUCAUCUCCUGGAUGCAGAGAUACUGCACCUGCACUUCCCAGGCCCUGACGCCUGUGAAGAUCGCGGUGGCAGGAGCACAGCCCUACUUCAGCGCUGUGCUGGGGGUCUUCGUGGAGCAGCUGUCCCACCAGCCACCCCAAUGGCUAGACUACAUGCGCUUCCUGGUCAUCCCGCUGGGUUCCCACCCCUUGGCCAGCUACCUGGGCUCCAGGGAUUGCCGCUACCACAACUUCUUCCAGGACCUGUACUGGUGGGACAUGUUCAACAACCUGGAGCCUCUGAACACCUUGCAGGACACACAGGACGUUGUGUCGAGAAUCACAGAGUAUGUCACGGGGGCCAACUGUGUCUACCUGCUGCCCAUCGCAGAGGCCAUGCUCAUGUCUAAGCAGCAGCACCCCGACGAGAAGUCCUCAAAAAAACUCAUUCCCUUUGUGGGGGCAGUGAAGGUUGGAAGAGUGGAACCAUCUUCAGCCAUGCCAGGAAACUCAGAUGAUGCGGCCCCCUCAUCCAACACACUCUCUCCCCCGUCAAUGAGUGGAGGCCUGUCCUCCCCCAGCCAGAGUGUCCAUGCAGAGAUGAUGGAGCUGCAGGUGGAUUACUGGACGGCAGUCCAGCCAAUAAACACGAAACGAGUCACGGGGAAGAAAGACCUACCUACUGCCAAAAGCACACUCAAGUGCUUCUUCCAGUCUGUCCAGGUGAGCAGGCUUCCCAUCAGUGGUAAGGCCACAGCAACACCCGCCAUGUCCAUGACAGUGGUCACCAAGGAGAAGGAAGAGACGGCGCCCAAGAAAACCAAGGACGAGGAUGUGGAGUCCAAAAGCCAGUGCAUCACGGGUAUCCGUCGCCUAGUUUGCAAGGCCAAGCACCAGCAGAACAUGCUGCCGGUCAUCAUCGAUGGUGUGGAGUGGGACGACGUGACAUUCUUCCAGCUGGCAGCCCAGUGGUCCUCCCACGUCAAGCACUUCCCCAUCUGCAUCUUCGGACACUCCAAUUCCACCUUCUAGCCCUGCCCCUCCCCCUGCCCUUCACCCUGCCUUGGCCAAGCCCAGAAGGACCCAGCUGCUUUUCUGUGAACAGUUCAGUUUACUACAGACACAGACCCUGGAAACCCAAAGAGAAACCGUUUUGGGUUCGAAUGCGCUCACAGCCUGGAACCUAAGGGGGUUGUCCCUCACUGGGAGCUCCUCACUGCUCUGUUCAAUAACCAGAACGCUCUGGCAGGUGGGAGUCAGGAGGGCAGUGUUGAGCUGGAGAAUCAUGGGAGAUGUAUUUUGGCCUCAGGAUGCCCAACAUUCCCAGCGAGAAGGUUCUGGCCUUGAAGACCUACCCUUUCUGGAAGCCAGGACUCUGCUUCCCUGGGGAGCCAGCUCCAGCCUGUACCCGUCCGGCCAGAGGUCAAAGGCUGGCCUCUGAUUGUGGACAUUCUGAGCAGAACAUGGCGGCCAGUCUUCCCAACCUUAGGAUCCAGCUGCCAACCAGCCAACUGGCCCCAGCACCACAUACUCGGGGUUCCCAAUGAACUGCAGCCUCACAGGGAGAAAAAAAGACCUGUAUGGUGCACAUCGCCCUGGCACACUGGCUAGACAAAGUGGUCGAAUUCCUGAGCAGGGAACCCAUCUUCGUUCCUGUCUGUUACUACAGAACAUUUGCUACCACCCAACAGCUGUGGGACCAAUUAUUUACCAGGGCCAUCUCCUGCAUCCUGGGCAUCUGGCUGGACCAGCACCUCCAGAAUUUCUCAGCCUGAUGAUGCUGUUGGCCUCCACAGAGCUCAACUUCCCAGUCUCUGACCUGCCAAACCAGGCCCAGUGCCUCCAUUCAUGGCAGAGCACCUGAGCCCACUGAGGCCGAGACAGGAGGAGGCGGCGGCCUCCGGGGGUGGUGUGGGUGAGUGUGCCUUUGGAAGGCACACAAAAGGCAGUGAGGGUGGUAACAUGUCCUCUUCUUGGAUCUGCAGAACCAGCUCCAGAGCAACAUCAGGAAAACCCUCCAGAGGCAACGCCACCCUAGUGACCUUUCCAGAGCCAGAGCCGGACCCAGGCCCAGCUUUCACUGAACUUCAAGAGGCAGAAGAACCACCUGCAGCAUCUCACCCAACUCCUGCGAAGCCAGAUCCCGGGCCACAGCACGUGUCAGCUGCCAUGGCAGAGAGAGCACCCCCACCCCCAUUUAGAUGUAGUGUUAAAAGUUUAUGUUCAUGUUAAA